CACAUCUGCCUCUCCCCUGAAAAACGGCAGAUCAUUUAAAGUCCGCUGCAUCCUUUGAAACUUCUGAAACUGCACAAUCUGGAAUAUACCAGGAGUAGCUUCUAAAAGCACAUCUGUCUUUAUCGUCUUCUGCGCAUUUUGUUGUCCAGAAAGGAAUCAUGGUUUUCCACAAGGAGUUCCAGAAUGCAGGUAAGGAGCCUGGUCUGCAGAUUUGGAGGAUAGAGAAGAUGGACCUGAAACCUGUCCCCAAACAGCUUCAUGGAAACUUCUUCACUGGAGACGCCUAUGUUGUCCUCUUCACCACUUCUGCUCCCUCCUACAGCAUCCACAUAUGGUUAGGUAAUGAGUGCUCUCAGGAUGAAAGAGGAGCUGCUGCCAUUUUUUCUAUGCAGCUAGAUGAUCAUCUGGGUGGAGCACCAGUUCAGUACCGUGAAGCUCAGAACAACGAGUCCAUCAAAUUCCUCGGUUUCUUUAAAUCUGGAAUUAAAUACAAGCAAGGUGGAGUGGCCUCUGGGUUCCAACAUGUGGUGACCAAUGAUAUGAAUGUGAAGCGUCUACUUCACAUUAAGGGACGGAGGACCAUUCGUGCCACGGAGGUGAAUAUGUCCUGGGUCAGCUUCAAUCGUGGUGACUGCUUCAUCGUUGAUCUUGGAAAGGACAUCUACCAAUGGUGUGGGAGUGAGUGUAACCGUUUUGAGCGCUUGAAAGCCUCCCAGGUGGCUAUUGACAUCCGUGAUAAUGAGCGAAAUGGGCGUGCUGCUCUGCUCAUGGUUGAGGAGGGUUCUGAGCCAGAGGCUGUCCUUAAUGUUCUUGGGCCCAAGCCCAACAUCCCAGCAGGAAGUCCUGACGAUGAGACGACAGACAGAGCUAAUCAGAAAAAGGGCACUCUCUACAUGGUGUCUGACUCUGCCGGCUCCAUGAAUACAUCUCUGGUGGCCCAGAGCAGCCCUUUCAAACAAGAAAUGCUCACUCCAGAUGAGUGCUACAUCCUGGACAAUGGAGUGGACAGCAAGAUCUUUCUUUGGAAAGGAGCGAACGCUAACACAGAUGAACGUAAGGCAGCCAUGAAGAUAGCUGAGCAGUUUAUCAAAGACAAGAAAUACCCCCAAAACACACAGAUCCAGGUUAUGCCAGCUGGAGGUGAGACCACACUGUUUAAACAGUUCUUCAGUAACUGGAAGGAUAAGGAUCAGACCACAGGUCCAGGAAAGGCCUACAGCAUUGGUCGCAUUGCACAUGUUCAGCAGAUUCCCUUUGACGCCUCCAGUCUGCACUCCAACAAAGCAAUGGCAGCCCAGCAUGGUAUGCUGGACAAUGGCUCUGGCAAGGUCCAGGUGUGGCGUGUGGAGGGUGGGGAUAGAGUUCCUGUGGACCCUUCUAGCUAUGGGCAGUUCUAUGGAGGAGACUGUUACCUGAUACUCUACACCUACCGCCAAGGAAGCAGAGAGCAACACAUUAUCUACACCUGGCAGGGGCUUAAGUGCACUCAAGAUGAACUGGCUGCUUCAGCUUUUCUUACAGUCAAGCUGGAUGAUUCUAUGGGCGGUGCACCUGUCCAGGUCCGUGUCACUCAAGGCCAGGAACCACCCCAUUUGAUGAGUCUGUUUAAGGGGAAACCCAUGAUCAUCCACUUGGGUGGGACAUCACGUAAAGGUGGUCAGAGUCGGACUGGUAGCAUACGCCUCUUCCACAUCCGCCAGAGCUCCACCCGUGCAACACGCGCUGUGGAGGUGGAAACCUCUGCAGCUAAACUGAACACUAAUGAUGUGUUUGUGCUGAAGUGUCCUGACGGCAUGUUUCUGUGGAGAGGAACAGGUGCAUCCGAGGAAGAAAUGGCUGCUGCAAAAUACGUCUGCAGCUUCCUUGGAGGAAGUGCCACUGAAAUUUUAGAGGGCAAAGAACCAGCUGGGUUUUGGUCUGCUCUGGGUGGAAAGAAGGAUUAUCAGACCUCCAAAAGUCUGCAGAAGACAGUUAAACCUCCUCGUCUGUUUGGCUGCUCCAACAAGAGUGGACGUCUGGUUGCUGAGGAAGUGCCUGGAGAGUUCACCCAGUCUGAUUUGGCCACUGAUGAUGUCAUGCUUCUGGAUACUUGGGAGCAGAUCUUUCUUUGGAUUGGUAAUGAAGCAAAUGAAGUAGAGCGGACUGGAUCAGCUAAAAUAGCCAAAGAAUAUUUGGAGUCUGAUCCUUCUGGCCGUCGUGGCACCCCGAUCAUCACUAUAAAGCAGGGCUUUGAGCCCCCAACCUUCACUGGCUGGUUCCAGGCCUGGGAUUCCAAGAUGUGGGAUACAGACCCACUGGAUCGCAUCCGUGCUCGUUUCUAAAUGCACAUUCCAAACACAUACUAUUACACAUUUUUGUCCAUUUGCAUACAGUAGCUUCCAAUACUCAUCUGUGUUCUUGUGUUUGAUGGGUGGAGAGUGGUGCUAUCUGAAAUGAAUGCAGAUGAGAACACAGUAUGCAAUACUGUUGCAUGUUAAGCCUCUAUGAACUGUAUUUUUCUACUCUUAAUGACUUUCAAAUAGAGUGCUUUGCCUUGUUAUAAAUGUAAACUAUUUUCUAUUUCUUUUUAUAUACUUCUUAGGAUUACUUCUAUAUACCAAUGAUGUUUCCAAAUGCAUUGGCAUCAUAAUUUUUUUAUGAAUAUUAAAAAGAAUAUGUUUAAGCAAAGAAUAAUGUUGAACUUGAUAAAAUGAAAAACAUUGAUCUGUCUUCAAUAUUUUAGAUUAGUGCCAUGUGAUUAUGAAAAACUGUUCACAUGUACUGUAUGUAUUAUGCCUCACAAAUUGAAAUGUUAUCGAAGCAUAUAUUGUAGUUACUAGAAAUGGUUUAAAAUGUAUGUCUAUAAUUAUGCUGAUUUACAUUACAUAAUAAAACCGUGCUUAUUAAAAUAA